AUGCAGAUGGUUUCCACCCCAAGCUAUGUUUCCAAGCAAAUUGGCUUUUCUCAACGCUAUGGUAUAGGUCAACUGAGUAGCAUCUACAUAAAAAAUUUCUCUAAAUCAUUAUCAACAGCCGAAGUCAAAGUACUUGCAGCCAAGAAACACAGUGAGUCAGAGAGAAGACGAAGGAUGCGUAUCAAUAGUCAAUAUGCAGUUCUUCGUAAAAUCCUCCCAAACUUGAUCAAGAUGGACAAGGCUUCUGUGCUCGCAGAGACCGUUCGACAAGUAAGGGAGCUACAGAAGGAGGUAGCAGAGAUUGAAGCAUCAUGUCGUGGCAAUGGCAGUGAAUCUGUUAUUCCCAGUGGAGUUAACAAGUUGAGUUUGGAGAAGUGUAAAGGCAAGGAAGAAGGGCUUGUGAAGGCAACAGUUAGCUGCGAGGAUAGGUCAGGGCUGAUAUCAGACAUGACUAGGGAAUUGAGGUCAGGGAAAGGAAGAGUGGUGAGGGCGGAGAUGGUGACAGUAGGUGGGAGGACUAAGAGUGUGUUGUGGGUGGAAGGGUUGGGUGCUGGAAGUGAAGACAUAGUGCUCCUUAAGAAGGCCUUGAAUAAAGUGAUUGUUGACAGGCCAAGCAAUAGCUACAUCUUCCCAAGUGACUUUGAUAGGGGCUUUGCAACACUCACUGCUAACCCAAAGGACAAGCUAUAG